UAUUAUUUAUUAAUCUAAUUAAACAAUGUGCGCAAUAUUUACUAUUUAACCACAUUGAUUUUGGAUCCUUGAUUUGGAAGAAGAAUAUAAAUCUAGAAUUGUGCAUAUAUAUGAAAGUGACCUUCUAACUUCUGCUUUGAGCUCUCGUCACCCUAUAGUGCAACAGGAAUCAAAGAUGAAAAGGUAGAGGGGCAUCCUGAGCAGGCGGACAGGAAAAGCCGCCGAUGACCAAGUUGGUCACCUCUUAGGAACUCAGUCUGCAUUCAUCUUCGUCGACGGAAAGAUCGCUUGUUAGAUCAACUAUACUGUAAUUGCUAUCAAAGCGAUUCCACGAUGACAAGCGCCGAGCUGGGUUACGCGACUCCGGCGGAGGCGGCCGAAAAAUCUCCGAUUCAGCAGUUUUACGCCGACAAAUGCAUUUUCCUGACCGGGGCCACUGGUUUCAUGGGCAAGGUGAUAUCGGAAAAACUGCUCAGGACUUGUCCGGACAUCCGCACCAUCUAUAUUCUCAUUCGACCCAAGAAAGGCAAGGAAAUUUCGACGAGGUUUGAGGAAAUCUUCAGCGAUCCGGUAUUUGCUCAACUACAAGAAACAAGACCUGAUUUCGCCAAAUGCAUAGUGCCAGUGGCGGGCGACGUGGCGCAGAAAGGUCUCGGCCUGAGCGACGAGGACCGCGAAACACUGCUGGAGAACGUCAACAUAGUUUUCCACGCGGCGGCCACGGUGCGUUUUGACGAAAAGCUGCGCCUCGCCAACGCCAUCAACGUUCAGGGCACUAGGGACAUGCUCGCACUUUGCGCCCAGAUGCAAAAUCUCAAAUGCGUGAUUCACGUUUCGACUGCCUACUCGAAUUGCAACCUUCAAGAAAUCCAAGAAAAGUUUUACCAGCCCCCGAUUGGACACGAGUCACUUUCAAAGUGCGUCGAUUCUCUUGAGGACAACAUUCUUGAUGCCGCCACACCAGCGAUUCUGCAAGAUUUUCCCAACACUUAUGCAUUCACAAAAAACGUUGCAGAAGACGUGGUUAGGGAUUUAGGAAAGGACCUACCUAUUGCUGUUUACAGGCCUGCAAUUAUUAUUGCAACUUGGAAGGAGCCGGUGUCAGGGUGGAUUGACAACGUGUAUGGGCCGACAGGGGUGGUGGUUGGUGCCGGUCUUGGAAUCCUGAGGACUCUUCACGCGAACAAAGAAAUGGUCGCCGACCUGGUACCCGUUGAUAUGGCUGUGAGCGCUCUGAUUGCCACUGCCUACGAAACGGCGAUCUCCACGAGAAAACCCGACGAAGAAAUUCCGAUUUACAACUACGUUUCUUCUCCGGAGAAGCCGAUCACUUGGGGCGAGUUCAUGGAACUGAACUACCGCAACGGGGUUAACGUGCCCUCAAUCAAGGCUAUUUGGUACUACACCCUCACAAUCAACAAGUACCGACCGCUGCACCUGCUCUGCUCGCUAUUCCUCCACUUCCUUCCCGCCCUUCUUGUUGAUGGAGUGUUGGUUGCCAUAGGAAGAUCGCCACAAAUGAUGAAGGUGUAUAAAAAGAUCCACCGGUUUGGUGACGUCAUCGCCUACUUCAGCACGCAACAAUGGAAUUUCACCAACAACAAUAUGCAGGCGCUUUGGAAAAAGCUCAAUACGAAAGAUCAGCAACUUUUCAACUUCAGCAUGAGCAACAUGGACUGGGAGGAUUAUUUCCGGACGCACAUCCUAGGCCUCAGAAGGUUCCUGGCCAAGGACGACCCGAGUACCCUUCCAGCGGCUAGGAAGCGUUGGUUCAAGUUCUUGGUUCUGCACAGAUGCAUCCAAGGUGUGGCUGUAUAUGUGGCCCUCAGGAUUAUAUGGUCUCUUCUCUGCUACAUGUUUUUCUGAGCGAAAAGUUGCAAUUCCCAUUUGUAUAUAGAUAGACUUUCAAGGCGGAUGCGUAUACAUAUAUAUUUUAUACAGUAUAUAGUCUGCUAUUAUUGUUUACAAUGUUUACUUUUUGGCAAUGUAAUGUUUUUGUAGCUAUAUAAAUACUUCAACAUACACAAUAAAAAAAUGCCUGUACAUAUUUACCCUGUAGGAAAUAAAGAAAAAGUAAAUGCAUUUUCAGUACAAUAAAGAAACAACAAAAAGUGUGCCUUUACAUUUUGUCCCUCAAGUUUGUGAUGAGGUCACGCAGUAUAAUUUUGAACGUGUAUUAUUUCUAAAAGUCACGUUGCUGCUUUGAGCUUGGAGCGCUUUA